AUGAAUCUUCAUACAAUGCUUGUGAAAAGUUUCACGAAGACUGAAUGGUUGAAUCCUGAUAAGGAUAAUAGUAUCAGCCAUGAUUUCUUACUUCCUCUAUUACAGAAACAGAAAGUUUUCGCGAAGAUUCUGGAUAAAACCCAUCAUGCAUUAGACUAUAAGCUAGAUGCAGAAGUUUUUGGAUGCAUGAACGUUGUAUUGGCUGUUACUCAGAGAUACGGAGAUAGCUGUAAAAUUUCUGAUGUUACGUCGCCAACAAAAAUAAUGAAUAAGAAAAGCAGCGAUUUCUAUAAAGACCCGAAUCAAGAAGAAGUUAAAUCUUGCUAUCACAUCUUGGAAGACUUGAAAAGGAAGAUCCUUGAAAUAUUACAUGAGUGGCCAGAUCAACCCACUUUACGAGAUAUUAUAACUGUCAUUGAGAGGAUAUACACCUUUGAUAUAAACAGCCCUGUUUCGAGGUUUCUCACGGGUUUCGAGAUAUUACUGAGCAAAUGUCAUGAAUGGGAAGAAGUGGCGCAUUCUGGUGUCAGCCUCAGUGAGUUUUCCAAAAACCUAACUGAACAAAUUAUCACAUGGAGGAAGUUGGAGCUGAAUAUGUGGAAGGACCUUUUGAACAAGACUUAUGACAAGAUGAACGAAUUUACUGCCAAAUGGUGGCUCUACCUAUACAAUAUUUGCGAUCAAUUCAUCACCAAGUCGAUUUCCGAAACUGACUUGAUUCAAACCUUGCAAAGUUUCAUCACAAAAUCAAACUUGGCGGAAUUCCACAGCAGACUAGACCUGCUUUACGUCUUUCAUUGUCACGCAACUCAAUUGCCCAGAUCGCAAGAAAUGCAAACACUUGUCAGCAUUUUCUGGAACUUGUACUGCUAUUUUAAACAAUAUUCUCAAGUAAUAACCAAUAAAAUAAAAGAUGUGAGGACGCCCAUAGAGAAAAAGCUGAAAGAUUACGUGAAAAUAGUGAGGUGGAAAGAUAUUAAUUACUGGUCUAUCAAGGAGACGAUUGAUAAAUCCCACAGGACGCUGUAUAAGCACAUGCGGGAAUUCAGGGAUGCUCUUCAACAGCCGGUUAUGCCAUAUCUGCAUAACCUGGAAUGUGGUACGAGGGAAACUGAAGGAAUUUGGGAUAGACCGCAAAGGCAAAGUCCGUCGAUUCAUCAUUAUACACUGGAUGCGGAUAUAUAUGUCGCGAAACACUCGUUGGCAAGGAAAAUUCAGGUGACUGAAGAGGGAACUUUGAGCAAGGCUGAAUCUUAUUUCCUAAAAUCGAGGAAACUCUGCAACGAAACAAUUCUUGCCACAGAGUACCCAGCUUUGGUCCAAAGUUUAGAUGGCUUUGUAACUGAAGUCAUAGAGGCAAAUACUCAUCUCCAAAAUUUAGAGGUCGACAAAUCUUUGCCUAAAGAAAAGCAAGUAUCGCAAGCAAAAAGUAUCCUACAGCAAAAACAUAGAGCUUUGGCAGAUCUGUUCAAAAACCUGAACAAAAUCGGCCUCUCGUACAAAACUGGAAUUUUGGAAAGCAAGUUGAAGAAACCGUUAGACGACUUCCUCCAUAGGCCGAUCGAUCUCAACACAAACUUCAGCCAUAUAAACCAUGGGCGACAGGAAGAAAAGAUGUUAACUAUAUGGAAUUGCUGCGAAAUGUACUACAUGAGAUCGCAAAUGAGAAUUGAUGUGUUGGAAACAGCUCUUCAAAAUCCUUCCAAAGAACUAGGCCCUCAAAACAUAGAAAGAUGUAAAGGAUUUAGCGCUCAUCUAUUAGCUCUAGCUCAACAUCAAAAGCAGCAACUGACACAAUCUAGCAGACUGUACUACUACUUACGGUACUAUUUAUUACAAAUGAAUGAAUUCUGUGAAGGAAAUGAUUUUUUACAUAUUGAAUUAACUAAUAACAUAACGACAUUUAUGAAAAACGCGACGGUGAUCUUGAAUCAGUAUAAAAUCAUUCUAAACACUUGCCCUUCAGAAGACGAUUUCACUAGUAGUAGUAAGAUGGAAAUACCUGUAUUGAAGUUCGGUGGUAAAGAAGCGAUCUAUAAUAAAGAUAGCACCUGUUGGUCUGAAACUGUGGCACUGAUCAACGAAUUACUAGCAGUUUGCAGAAAAAUAAGCGGGAUCUUGCAAAAGUGCAAAAAGUCGGCACCAGCAGUGGAGUACGACUUGGUCGUACCCGAAUUCAUACCAGUGCCAGAUCUUAACGAGAUAUUGAAAAAUCUAGAUAGUAUUAAAGAUGGUAUUGGACAUUUGAAAGAAAUCUUCGACAAUAACUCUACAACUAACAGUCUCACUUGGCUGCUAAAAGAAGUUAACAGAAUCCUAGAACAGUGUAAGGAAAGUAAAUCUUUGGACAUCAAUUUUGAAAAUGUAAGAAACGUUCAGAGAAAUUGA